UUUCUUUGCUUUUCAACUUGCUUUUGCUCUUCUGACUCAUUCGGAAUCAUCAUUAACCCUUUGCCGUUUGUCCUUAUUGUUCAUCCAAAGCAAAAAUGGAUUCAACCACCAGGCAAGCAAAAACAUUGAUCCACAAAUUUCAAUGCUGUGAAAAAAAUUAAAAUUAAAAUCUAUUCUUCAUUUUCCAAGACAUUUCUUUAAAAUAUUGUCAUAUUUAUUAAUAAGCUUACAUCUUAAAAUUUAGGUUAACAGUUAGUUGGCGCACCUGAGCAAACAAUUAACCUUUGAAUCUCCAGUUUUAACCAGACAAUUUGCUGGCAUUUUUUAAUGCUGGAAACCCUAAAUUAGCAACUAUAGUCUAAGGGGUGAUCAAUUAUUGAGAAUUAUCAAUUACUAAAAAACACAAAAUCUUCUAAUUUCUUAGAUUUUACAUCUCAAUAUCAAACAACUAACAGUAACUUGAAGUAGAUUUGAUCAACUAAUUUUCUUGAUUAAACUGUUUAACAGCUUGGAAAUAUUAUAACAUCUAAUUUCUGUGAAUUUACAUCUAAAUAUCAAAUUUAUAUUGCCAACACCAAUCAACCUGGGUAGAUGUUUGAGACUUUUCAACUGUUUCAACAUUAAUAAAUAAAGAAAUCUGUUUUCUCAAAUGUUAUGUUGGUUUAAUUUUAUUAUAAUCAUCAUAAUCAUAUCAUAAUGAUUUGCUAUACAGUUUUAAUGAUGAUUUUAUAUACAAAGCUUAUAUCAUCAACAGACAUAGAGGAUUCAUCAGAACAACAAGAAAAAAUUGCUAAAGGCAUUCCGGCCGAACCAGGCAAAUAUCCUUAUUAUGUUUCUAUCCAAUGGGAAGUUCCCUUUACGGGAUACAUGCUCGGAUGUGGUGGAGCCUUAAUAGCAAGGCAAUUCGUGUUAACAGCAGCUCAUUGUUUAAAAUCCGUCGACCUUGUUACCGGAGCUCGUAUUUUACCCAACUAUCGUAAUACACCAUUUAUUCAUAAUAACGAUUUAACCUUCAAAAUUAAGUCUUAUAUGGUCCAUCCAGGUUUCAAUUUUACAGGUCCAGUUAAUAUUAAACAAGACAUCGCUGUUAUACUAUUGGACCAACCUGAUCCUCGGCCUAAUGCAACAAUUAGACUACCCAUCACUUUGAAUCCUCUUGGGCAACCAGUCACAUUGAUCGGCUUUGGUGCAAUGGAAACUGGUCAGUUUCCAGAUAUAUUGUAUUCGGCAAAUUUAUUCACACUUACUGAUCAAGUGUGUCUGGCUUCAAACCAACCUGGCGCUUACCAUCCAGGUUUCAAUCUUUGUACUUCUAAUGCCAAUGGAUCCGUUUCAUGUUCUGGUGACUCAGGUGGACCUUUAAUUUGGACAGAGAAUGAUAUAAGUUAUAUCCAAGGUGUAGUAUCUGCUUCAUAUCCUCCAUGUGGAUCGCAGCAUAUAACUAAUUAUGCUAGUGUUUUCGCUCAUUUGGAUUUCAUUCAUCAGUCUAUUUCAUAUUUAACUUUAAUUAAUCAUAUUCCAAUCAAUAGCCAAAUGGUUUAAUCAUUAAUCAUAACGAUUAAAUCAUGUAAUGAUGGAUUCAUCGAUUUGUUUUUAAUUCAAACUUUGACGAAAUUCAUUCAAGUAAUGCAAAAAAUUAGAAACAAGACAAUGACUGGGCAAAGCUUGAUUCAACAUUUUCUGAUCAAGCCAAAUUAAAUUAAAGAUUAAGGUAGUUUCCUAAUGGUAAA